AUGUCGAAUCAACAAGGCGCAAAGAUCACCGUCUACUGGCUCGAGAAGUCUCGCGCCCAGCGAGUAAUCUGGCUCCUCGAAGAGCUCAAGCUCGAGUAUGACAUCCAAGUCUUCAAGCGCGACAAAGAAGGCCGUGCCGGCCCAGAACUGAAAAAGUUUCAUCCUCUUGGCCGCUCACCCACAAUUGGAAUCACGCCCGCUGGAUCUGACAAAGAGAUCAUCGUCACCGAGUCAGAAACAGUCCUCGACUACAUCUGCGACCACUUCGGCCCACACCUAAUCCCUCAGCGCUACCCAGCGGGCAAAGAAGGCCAACUUGGCGCUGAGACUGAGGAAUGGAUGAGGCACAAAUUCCUGAUGGACUACGCCGAAGGCUCCUUCCUUACCCCCUUAAUCGUUAGCCUGAUAACCUCAUCUAUCCGGUCCGCCCCAGUCCCCUUCUUCCUCCGCCCGAUCACAAACGGGAUCGCCAACAAAGUCGACGACUCCUACACCAACCCGGAACUCACCAACCACCUCGACUUCCUAGAGACGUAUCUCAAGACGAGCCCAAGCCAGGGGCAAUUCUUCUGCUCGGAUGCUUUGACGGGGGCAGAUAUUAUGAUGCACUUUGCGCUCGAGGGCGCGGUCAAGAAGAAGGCGUGCACGGAGACGACGUGUCCGACGUUGUAUAAGUAUGUGAGGAGACUGCAGGAGUCGGAGGGUUAUAAGCGUGCGGGAUUGAGUGUGGAGAAGGCGAGUGGGGAGAAGUAUGUGCCGUUUUCCGAGACUUGA